GGCCAGGCGGUGCUGCCUUUGCCCCCGCCGCCAGCGAAGCGGCCUUAAACCGGGGCUGCUCGGGGCGGGGGAGCUCUCCGAGCCGGGGCCGGCCCCAUCCCGCCCCGGUGCCAAGGCAACGGAGGCGGCGCGGAGGCAGGCGCGGCGCGGCUCGGUACCGGGGCACGCGCCCGCCCGGGGCCCCGGCGGCGGAGCCCGAGCCCGGGGCCCGGCCAGACAGAGCCGACGAUGGAGCCGCUUCCCCGCAGCCCCGGCCGUGCUGCCUGGCCGCUGACCUGCCUGGUGCUGCUCUCCCUGCACGGCUGGCCAGGUGCGGACGCCCAGGCAGGUCAGGACUCUGAGGUGCACCAGCCCCAGGACAAGGUGGUGGUGAUAGCGGGGGAGACACUCAACCUCACCUGCACCGUAUCCAACAGCAGUUACGCUGCUCCCGUGGCGUGGCUGAAGGGCUGGGGCAGUGGGAACAAGACAGUCUAUGAUCAGAAGGGCUCCUUCCCCCGCGUGACAAGGGUGGUGAGUGAAUCCAACACAGACUUCAGCAUCCUCAUCAGGGAUGUUCGCCUUGAGGACACCGGCACCUAUUACUGUGUGAGGUUCCGCAAAUCGGUGCGUGGUGUUGAGGUGCUUCGACCUGAAAAGGGCACAGAGGUGUCCGUGCAAGCCAAACCCACCCACCUGGUUGUGUCCGGGCCCAGCCACAGAGCGAGGCCAGGGCAAUCGGUGUCUGUCACCUGCACAGCCGGAGGGUUCUUCCCCCAAGACAUCAGUGUGAGAUGGCUCAAGGAUGAGGCCCCAGUCUCAGCUCAGCAGCCCCACAUCACCCCUGAGCAGAUGAAACCCUCCUACAACAUGUCCAGCACCGUGACGCUCACGCUGCGGAAGGACGACGUCAACUCACAGGUUGCCUGCGAGGUGCAGCACCCCACGCUGACGGCCCCGCUGAGGGGGAUUUACGAGCUUAGAGAAGCCCUGCGAGUCCCUCCCAGUGUCCGUGUGGUCGCUGACCCACCAAGUCCCGUUGAGGUGAACAAGACCGUGAACUUCACCUGCCACGUGAAGGAGUUUUACCCGAAAGGUGUGAACAUCACCUGGCUGGAAAACAGGAUGGAGAUGAAGGUGGAGAAGAUCCUCCAGCUGGUGGAGACUCCCCAGGGCUUGUUUGAGCUGAGUUCAGGCCCAGUGGAGGUCAAUGCAACGGAGGAGAAAAACGGGUCUGUGUUCACCUGCCGGGUGGUGCACGAUGCCCAGGACCCCAUCAAUGAGACGGCUACUCUGUGGAUUGCUGACCCAACCAGGGAGGGACUGAGCAAUAUGGCCCUACCAGACAAUUUGCCCCACAUCUAUAUCGUGGUGGGAGUGGUCUGUACUGUGCUGGCACUGUUGGUGGCUGCAAUUCUUUACCUCAUCUGGGCAAAGCAGAGCAAGGGUAAAAGCUCACCAUCUGCUAGGUUACACGAGCCAGAGAAGAGCAGUGAGGGCCCUACCCAGGAUUCUGACCCCAACAACCUGACCUAUGCGGACUUGAACUUUGAGAAGGAGAGGAAGACCAUCCGCCGGAUGGUGGAGAUGAGCCAGCAGUCAGAGUAUGCCUGCAUACAGACGAGCCAGGCACCCGCCAGUGAUGACCUCACCUAUGCCGACCUGGACAUGGUGCACCUCAGCAAGGCGCCCAAGCGGCCAGCCCCACGCCCUGAGGAGGCCGGCUCUGAGUACGCCAGUGUCCAGGUCACACAGAAGUGAGCAGGGCUGCAGUGGCUGUCAGGACCCUCCACCCCACGGGGAGCUGCCCUGCUCCUCCCCGGGAGGAUUUUCUUGGAAGCACUGAGAGUGAUGUGAAGAUAUGCUGCAAUACCCGUGUUUUUGGGUGGAAAUGCAGCCCAUGUUACUGUGGGGGUCAGCUCCCAUCCAGAGACCUGAUUUCUGGAGGCACCUUUGUGCUGGGUCUGCUGACUCCAUCCCUUCAGGAUCCCCCUGUAGCCACAUUGGCCACUCAGCCUCAAUGCACUGGGUUUUCCCACAAGUGGGUUAAGCCAGUGGAGCAGUGGCUCCUCGGGAAGCGCCAGCUGGGCUGAGGGGAUUGGGACAGUGCCUCCACACCGGCUCCCAUGGGGAUGCUGCUGCCCGGCCAGGCUUGCACAGCUUCCCACAGCUGCCCAGACACUGCAGGGACUGGCUGGAGCCCCUGUGCUGCCUUCUGGGGGUGUCUGCUGCCAGCGCCUGGAAAACAAACUGGCUUUAAAGGAAGGACCUAAGUGUCUGCCUCUCUCUUCCCAAGUGUCCCUUCGGCGGGCCCUCAGUCUCGCACCAAGGCCAAUGAGGCUGGGAAGGCUGGCGAGCUGAGCCCCUCCCUGCUGUGGGCUUUCCCCCCUCCUACUGCCCAGGGAGGCUCCAGAAAAGCUCCCCAGCACUGAGCAUCCUCCUCCUCUUCCUCCUCCGCACAGCCUUGCCCUGCACCAGGACCCACCAGUGCUGCCCUAGGCUUGUACAAAGCGUGCAGCUCCAUGCCGGCCAGGCUGCAGGUGCCACCACCAGCCUGGCCCCCCCCAGGAGCUCCCCGCAGGUACUGUGUAACAUGUUUUGACUGUUUGACAUGUAACUGUUAAUUUAGAGCUAAACCCCAAUGUUUUGUGUUGUACGUGGGUGUACUGCUGUGUACUUAACACUAGAAUAAGAUGUGCAAAAUUAAGGGUGACGCCUCAGUAAAGACCCCUAACCCUGCAGAGUUUGAAAGAGACUUACAUGACACACCCACCCCCCCCCCCCCCAAUUUCUGCUGUGGGGGCCAGGCAGGCUCCCCCCAGCCCUUCCCUGGGGACAAGUGUCUUCCAUGUGCCCCCUCCCUGGGACACCGCAGGAGGCCACGACCCUGCCGUGGCUCCUGCAGCAUGUCGGUGGCCUUACAGUAGUGGGCACGUAUGGGGCUGGCCCUCCCUCCCCGCCCCCCAGCUGCUGGCGGGGAGGCCUGGAGGGGGGCCUGGCAAUGCUUUGAGAACGUUGUGAUUGUACAGACUACUUUUUUUUUUGCUUUUUGCUUGCAAGAUAUUUUUAUAAUAAAAGUGAAAAGUCUUGUGCUGCUCCUGCA